AUGACACCGGAGUUUGACGAAGAGGUGGUUUUUGAGAAUUCUCCACUUUACCAGUACUUACAGGAUCUGGGGCACACAGACUUUGAAACAUGUUCUCUGUCACCAAAAGCAGAAAAAUGCACAGUGGCAGAGGGACAACAAAGGUCUCCUACAAGAGCCCUGCCAAAACGAGGCAUUCUGUUAAAAGUGGCUGAAACCAUCAAAAGUUGUAUUUCUUCUCAUUGCAAUAAGAAAGAUGAUUUACUUCACAAAUUGGUGGAGCCAUCCUCAUUCUUCAAUGAUACUAGGACUGUGAUAAGGAUAUUGGAUUCCGACUUGACUCACUACAUACCAUCCUGCAACAGGAAGUCCUGUUACAAGAGGAUGUGGAGCUAA